UAGUACGCUGGGGUCCCUCGCAUAGUGAUAUACAAAUACAACAGCAUGGCGACGUGGGAGCGAGUUCCGUUCUUUCCUCACCUAUCUGUGGGGAAAAAAACAAGAUGCUUCGGAGUCCUCCGGAUUUUAUUUAUUGCAUUUUUUCACACAGCACACGCCAAUAAAGAAGCAUUCAUCCAAUCAGAUACCAUCCUGGAGGUGCUAAGUUUCGGUGACGGGAGCCUAUUACCGACGGAGUCAGAUAUCGGCCUAAAUUCAUAUCAUCAAAAAAGUGCAUCCCUGCACCGGGGGAACUGCAGACCAAUCAGGUUUGAGCCACUGAUGUUGGACUUCCAUGAACAGCCGGUUGGGAUGCCAAAAAUGGAAAAAGUUUACUUGCACAAUCCAAGUUCAGAAGAAACUAUUAUUUUAGUAUCAAUAUCAGCAACAACAUCGCACUUUCACGCAUCUUUUUUUCAGAAUAGGAUUAUUCCACCAGGAGGAAACACGUCUUUUGACGUGGUGUUUCUCGCCCGAGUCGUUGGGAAUGUAGAAAAUACUUUAUUUAUUAACACGUCCCACCAUGGAGUGUUUACAUACCAGGUGUUUGGUGUUGGGAUACCUAACCCUUACAGAUUGCGACCCUUCAUUGGGGCAAGGGUUCCUGUAAAUAGCAGUUUUUCCCCUUUAAUAAACAUUCACAACCCACACAGUGAACCAUUGCAGGUGGUAGAAAUGUACUCGAGUGGGGGUGAUCUGCAUCUAGAACUACCGACAGGCCAGCAGGGGGGCACCAGGAGAUUAUGGGAAAUUCCACCAUUCGAAACAAAGGGUGUAAUGAGGGCCAGCUUCUCAUCACGAGACGCUGAUAAUCACACAGCCUUCAUUCGAAUCAAAACCAACGCCUCGGAUGAUGCAGAGUUCAUCAUACUGCCGGUGGAGGUGGAGGUGACAACAGAGCCUGGAAUUUAUUCUUCUAUAGAAAUGUUAGACUUUGGUACAUUGAGAUCACAAGAUCAACCUAAAGUCUUAAAUCUACAUCUACUCAAUUCAGGAACAAAAGAUGUACCAAUAACAAGUGUCAGACCAACACCAUCAAAUGAAGCUAUUACAAUAGACUUUAAGCCAAUAACAUUAAAAGCAGGCGAAAGUAAAUAUACCAAAGUUGCAAGUAUUAGUUUUGAUGCUUCAAAAGCAAAAAGAUCGGCCCAGUUUUCUGGAAAAAUAACAGUUAAAGCAAAAGAGAAAAGUUACUCAAAACUUGAAAUUCCAUACCAAGCUGACGUUUUAGAAGGGUACCUGGGGUUCGACCACACUGCUACGCUGUUCCACAUCAGGGACAGCCCCACAGACCCAGUGGAAAGGGCAGUCUACCUGACCAACACUUUCAACUUUGCCAUUCGAAUUCAUAAUGUUUCGUUGCCAGAAGAGGCGAAAUCAAUGUUCAGUGUGCUGAACUUCAGUGCACCGAUUCUAGUUCCUCCUCAUGAGUCCCGCUACAUAUUCUCUCUCCACUUCACCCCUGCCCGUCCCUCUAUUCACAUAGACAGCAACAUCCUGCUCAUCACCAACGCUUCCAAAUUCCACCUGCCUGUGAGGGCUUAUACAGGCUUUCUAGAGCCAUUUGUCCUUCCACCAAGCUUGGAAGAACGGUUCCUAGACUUCAGUGUACUGAGUGUCACAGAGUCCAGCAGCAUUCUGUUUGCUGUCAUUAACAGUAACCCUAUUGAGCUGGCAGUAAAAUCCUGGCAUGUCAUAGGGGACAGUCUGACGAUAGAGCUGCUAAAGUCAGACAAAGGCAACAAAACCACCAUCCUGGACAGAAUUCAGCAGCUACAAAAUAGCACUUUAUCAGACCAAACAACAGUAAUACUGGCUUCAGGUUACUAUGCAGUGUUCAGGGUCACACUCACUGCAAAGGAACUCGAAGGAACAUAUGAUGGAGCAAUACAAAUUACAACAGAUUAUGAGAUAUUAACAGUACCAGUGAAAGCUGUUGUCGCUGUGGGCACCCUAACCAGCUCACCCAAGCACAUUGUUCUUCCAACUUCCUUUCCGGGGAAAGUCGUUCAUCAGAGUUUUAACAUACAGAGUUCCUUCUCACAGAAGGUGAAACUACAGCACAUCCGUUCUGUCACAGAGGACGUGCGCUUUUACUACAAGCGCUUAAAGAGUAAUAAGGACGACUUGGAACCAAGAAGAAAAUCCAAGGUAGCAAAUAUUUAUUUUGAUGCUAGAUUACAAUGUGGAGAUCACUGUUAUGCUGGAUUACCUUUUUUAUCUAAAGGAGAAUCGAAACCGCAUGGGCUGGUGAUGCAACAAGAUCUGUGGGAUGCAGACAUGGACUUGCACCAGACUUUUCACAAGAGGUGGAGAGAAUUGAAAGAGAACUCGGGGCACGAGGCUCAUGCUGUGUUUGAGGUGGAUACAGAUCUUCAGAAGAAUGUGGAUGCCAGAGUUACAGCACAGAUGAUCUGGCCCUCAAUAAUCAACACUCCACGUCAAAUCAUGUUCCCUCUUACAAACACAAACAGCUCUUCUGGGGAAGAAGUUGUUCUCUCAAACCCAGCGGACGUUCCUGUGUUUGUCCAGGUCCUUCCUUUAUCCUUGUAUCCCAGCCCUUCAGCUGUUGCAGAGCAAUUAGCACAGCGGCUCAAUCUGGGGAAGUUUACAAACUUGGAUACAAAGACAUUGGAGUUCCAGGUUCAUAGAAACCAGACGUCCUCAGUUAAAAGUAGCAGUGGGUUUGUGGAGGGACCUUCGCGUCCCUCUGUUUACAACAUGAUCCUUCAGCCUGGGGAAAUGAAAUCCUUCACAGUAAAGUUUACUCCACUCCACAACAAGACUGUCUCCGCCUUCAUUAUUGUAAGGAACAAUCUGACAGUGCUGGACUCUGUAGUUGUUCGAGGGCAGGGAACCACAGAGAGCCUGAAGGUUGCUGGCAAGCCCCCUGGCUCUGGGAGUUACCUACGGUUUAAAAUGACAGAGUCUUUGCUGAAAGACUGUUCUGAUAAAGUCAAAUCAAAGGAGCCAAACUUUACACUAAGAAGAACAUUCAAAGUUGAAAACACAGGCCAACUUCCAGUUUUUAUCAAAUCACCAGAAAUUAGUGGAUCCGCAUGUGAGGGAUACGGAUUUAAAGUUGUCAACUGUCAAGAAUUUGCACUUAAACCAAAUGCUUCAAGAGACAUCAUCAUAAUGUUUACACCAGAUUUCACUGCUUCAAGAAUCCUUCGUGAACUGAAGCUCGUUACAGCAGGAGGCUCUGAGUUUGUGUUUGUUCUGAACGCAUCACUUCCUUAUCACAUGCUGGCUGCAUGUGCUGAAGCCCUGCCCAGGCCGAGCUGGGAGCUCAACGUGUACAUAAUCAUCUCCCUGGUGAUGAGUUCCAUGUUCCUUUUAGUGAUUGCAACAGCCUACUUAGAAGCACAAGGAAUAUGGGAGCCGUUUAAGAGACGUCUGUCUGUUGAAGCAUCCAACCCUCCUUUUGAUUUGGGGAGGCCAUUUGAUCUCAGGAGAAUCGUAGGAAUUUCAUCCGAUGGAAACUUGAAUGAAUAUGGAGCCUCGAACCCCAGCUCGAGAGCAGUGUGUGGAGCAGGCGGGGGGGGGGCCUCCAGGUCCAGUGCCGGGACCCACAGGCAGUGCAGCACACAGGCCCCCCUGCACAGCAACAGAAACCCUGGGGACUGUGAAGCUCUCAAAUCAAAGACCAGCUCCAGUAAUGUCAGCAAGACAUCUAUGCAAGCAGCCUCAACACAGUCUGCCAGCAGUAAAGCAGGCAGCCCUGCUUCAGAGACAAAUCCAGUCCAGUAUCAGAAUACAAACAGAAAGCAUCGGACUGCCAGGCAGCAGCACCAAGCACAGCAGCAGCAGCAGCAGCAGCUUCAGCAACCGGCUCCCAGCCUCCCAGAGCAGCAGCAGCAGCUGCAGCAACCAGCAGCGCCUGAACAGCAAGAAAGCUCUCCAAAACCCCCGUCAGCACAGCCAGAGAGCAGCACAGUCAAGUACAGUUUUGAGGACUCUGAUUACAGCAGCCUCCUGGAAGCCAUGGACAAAGACCUGGAGCGGCCCGAGUCACCACCAUCCCCCGUGUUCCAAGAACAGCCCUCGUCUCCAGCAGCACAGAGUAAAGGAAAACUUCAGCGUAAAACGAAGGCUCAGAAAAAACGUGAAGAAAAGGAGAGAACAACAAAGGCAGGGCCGCAGGAAGACGAAUUAAAAGAGACGCUGGCAGAUAAUGACGACAGCUCUUCAACCACCACGGAAACAUCGAACCCGGAUGCAGAAACAAGUGGAAAAGAGGAGCCCGAGAAAAAGAAAGUGAGACCGUCCACUUUUAAUAAAGAAAGAGAAGACAAUCAUCUAUUUCACAUCAAACUCCAAAACAAGAAACUAGGCAAUACAAAGAAGGAAAACCAAACCGAUGCCAAAUCCAGUUGUUUGGAGUUGCCAUAUACAACCCCCCUGGAAAACAAGCAGCGCAAGAGCUUCACCUUGAAAACCUUGAUGCAGCAGCCACCGCGAGCAGGGGGCCCCAAAACGAGACAUCUACACAAACAAAGAGCCUCCUGUGGAAAGCUUGAAGAUUGCAGACCAACUGUGAAAUUCCUUUCUAACGGUUGUGUUCAGGAGCUGGGAAACAGCAGCAGCUCCGAGGGGGAAAAGGACUCUCCUCCACCGGAAUGGGAUUUCGUUCCGCUUCAUGAGGCCGGCAGCUCCACAGACAGCCUUCACCAGAUCUCCAUGCAGACCAUGAAUGCCGAUGCUUUUCUAAAAAGGCCCGUUUCCUCCAUGUCGGGAACUUCAUCCCCACCCCCGCCAACAUUGACCUUCUCCCGUGGCUCCUACAGCAGCAUUGUCAAUGCCAGCAGUGAGAAUUCUGUGAAGAAGCCAAAUGGAACCAAACCCAAGUUAACAAAAUCUACUUCUUUGCCGGGCAAAAACGGGAACCCGACCUUUGCAGCUGUAGCUGCUGGUUAUGACAAGAGUCCAGGGGGCAGCGGUCCCUCCAAGGGUUCAUCCAGCAAGAGAGACACCGCUGGCAGUAUGAACAUUCCCUUUGAGAGUGAUGGUUCUGACAGUUCUGCUUUAUGGAGUCCCGUCGGCAACCCCAACAGCCCAAACAACUUUGCACUGAACUCUUUCUCAGCUUUCGGAUCCAGCAACUCCUUCAACCUCACUGGAGAGGUGUUUAGUGGUAUUGGGUUUCCCAAGCCCUACAGCAGUCCAGAAGCACAGCAGACCUGGCUUGGAUACCCCAUGCCUGUGGCCUCCAUAUGGGACCCUCCAGCCAGUGAUCCUCUGCCUGCCUGGCCGCCCAGCUCGGGCUCCUCCACAGCCCCCACAGCAUCAGUCCUUGGCAAUGGCAGCACCCUCUGGUCUUCAAGCACUCCAUUCAGCCGCUCCAUCUGGUCCACGAGUGUGGAAAGUGGCCUUCCCUUCUCCACUCCUCCUCCUGAGCCCAUCGGAAGCAACAGUGCUGCCCCACCCUUGAACCCCGACAUGGGCAGGACCUACAACCCCUGGAGCAUGUGGCGCCCCACACUGGGCCGGAGGAGCUCCGAACCUUGGCCCAACAACGCCAGCUCUGCCCCUGACAGCGGAGACUAGGGGCUCGCACUCUGCCCCUCGCUUUAAAACAAGCCACGCAAAUUCAACACCUUCUUUAUUUUAAAUGCACAAUUUCUUCGCUAUAACAAAUAACUAUUAAUGCUUCCUGCCAGAAAAUGACGGCUCCAAACUGGCUUCGAUAGCCCCUCCAGUCUAACCGUUCUGGUGAUGAAAUAAACGUUUACUGUUGUUAGUACUUCAACAGAUGAGGCUUGUUCUUUUCACUCAUUUUUAAAUGUAACUUUAGCAACCCAAACUUAAAAAAUUCACAAAACUUAAUUAUUAAAAAUAAUAAUAAUAAUGAUGUGGCCCUUAUAGGGAUGUUCUGUACAUGUUAACAUUUCCCUUUUAAAAUGAAUUAUGAUUUUUUCUGGUCAUUUUUAAGGGGGGAGAGUGGAGUAUUAGAAUGUGUUCUUGAAACAAGCACUUUGUGUAAAGUUAAACAAUUCAGAGAGGGUCUUGGUUUAAGGGUUGCAGUGAUGUGUUUGGCAUGGUGGCUCUGGAUUUGAAGCUGUUAAUGGGUUCUGGAUAGCGUGGUUGUUAAGAGUUAUCAGGCUGGCGGAUUGGCCAUGUUACCAGUCUUUGUCUUCGCGUGCUUGGGGCUUUGUGUCUCUGCUGCCUCGGGGCAUUUUAACAGUUUGCACUGAAGUCCUCCUGGACCUCUUGAAGGGCUCAAGGGGUUGGGUGGAUUUCUCAUUAAAAGGACAACUCUGGGUUGUACUUUUUAAAUUAAAUAAAUGUUUUCAAAAAAAGUU